AUGGAAUAUAUUUUAAACGAGCUUGAGCUUAUGGCUCUGGGUGCUACUACAGAUUACCAAAAUGACACCCGCGACUUGGAUAUGGUCGAGAAAUGGCAAAAGCUUUUUGGUUACGCUCCUCCAGAAGCAGCAAGCAAAAUUGAACAACAUCGAAACGAUCUAAAUCGAACAGUCAUCACUUUGGCACAUUGGGGCAUGGUUCGAGACGAAAAGGAAGCUGAGGGGUAUGACAAAGAAUCAUACGAACAUUCGAUCGAUAUCCUGAAGCACGAUCAGUCUCCGUCUCCAACGUACACGGCGGCAAAUGUGUCAAACAAAACGAAAGCGGCAAUGUUUCUCCUCAAGCUAGAAGGACCACUAAUGGACGUAAAAAUGGUUCAGGAAGCUGCAAAGCUAGCACAACCGCCGGAGCUAUUGAUGGGGCAUGGCGAUUCUGGUUGUCAAACACAAUUCUACAAGAUUGACAGCCUCGCUCGGGAUAACAUCCUCGAUUUUUCCGGACAACAAGCACCGCCAUUCGCACCUACUAUCAUUUCAUAUUGCAUUGCAGACAAGGACCUGUGUCCUAUAUCUGCGCACCCCACGCUAGGUAUAGAAGCGACUCUACCGCAAUUCCGCCACGAUAGCAAUGCAACACCACAGAAUGACGAGUACCCUGUAUGGUAUUUCUUCUAUGGAACACUCGCAGAUAACGACGUCUUGGGAGGCCUUGUCGGAGUUCGAAGACCGCAUUUGGUGCCCGCACAGACGCGUGGUGGUGUUCUGAAGACUUGGGGAGGCAAAUACAAGGCACUUGUUGAUCAAAUGACGACCGGAUCAGUGGGGAUUAUCGAUGGACACGCUUUCCUUGUCGAGACCUAUGAACAGGAGACGGCCCUUCGAGCGUACGAGACCGAUAAUUAUGAAGUUGUACGGUGCGGUAUCGAGAUGAAAGGGGAACGCUACGUGAAUGGUCUAACGUUCAGAUUCGUCGGAGAAGUGGACUGA